AUGUCCGGAUCUUCAGGGUACGGAGCGGCGUCUCUUUCCCGGGAGUUCGUUUUUGACAUGAGGCAGCACCCGUCUUCCCCGCCCCGCCACGUGUCCGCGCGCUGGUCCGGGGCUUCGCAACCCGCGCACGCGCAGCCUCCGCCGAAGGAGCUUCUGCGCAGCGACGAUGAGGAUGAGGACGGGAUUGAGGACCCGGAGGACACGGAACAGCCCCCCCCCGCCCGGCGCGCGCACACUGCGUCGGACGCCAUGCGCGGAAAGAAGGGCGCGCGCGCCAUCAGCGGCGCCAGCGGAAGCGGGAAGGACGCGGGGUUUGCGCACAAGGGAAACGGUCCGCUGAGCCCCAGUGGCGGGUUGGGGGCAGUGUCGCGUUUCCAUACCACCAGCAACGCGGAGAGACGGCACAGGGCGGAAGGCGGAAGCACGGGGGGAAGGAGAACGUCUCUGGAGGGCGGAAGCAUGAAUAAUUUAGGCGGAAGCAUGAAUAAUUUUAGCGGCAGCAGCGGGUUCAGCAGCAGCACGGGGUCGUUAAGAGCGUCGGUCGACGCGCCGCAGAAGUCGUCCUCGAGGCGCCUGUCCGCGUCGGCGUCCUUCAAUCCGCGCUCCUCGCACGCCGCGACCACGUUCAACCACUCCGGACCGCACGCCGCCGCGCAUUCGGGUCCGCAGGCCGCGCUCUCCCCGCGCGCGGGCGGCCCAUCCGGCGGCGGAGGGUCGAAUCUCGGUUCCGGCCCUCAGUCCAGGUCCGGUAAAUCCCGAGCCACGGCGAGCAUGGCCGAAGCUGACGGCUUGGGGCUAGGUUUGGACAAGCUGGACGCGUUGCGGCGGGAGCAGCAGCAGCAGCUGCAGCUGGCCGCUGCGGCCGCGGCAGGCCACGGGGGAGCAGCGGCAGCGCGGCAGAUUCUAGGGUUAAAAGAGAGCGAGAGGCGGAGAGGACCAGGCUCGGGAUCGCUCGUGGCUCGGGAUGAUGUGGGUAGGAACCAUCACCACUACCACCACGCGCAGCAGCAGCAGCAGCAACAGCAGCAGGGUCACCACCGUCAUCAGCAGUUACACGCCAGCAGCAGUGGUGGUAGCGGCAGCGGCGGGGGAGGGGGCGCAGGGAGCGCAGGCGGGGGAAGCGGGCAGUUCCGGCGGGGGACGUCCGCGGAUAACCGCUCCCCGCGCCACGCGCGAUUCGCGUCGGAGGUCCCGCAAGGUGGGAUGCACGGUAGCGGAGUGCACAGUAGCGAGGACGCGGACGACGCGGCGGCAGCGGCGGCGGCGGCGGCAGGCGGAGGGACGGCUGGGCGCGCGGCGAACCGAGCUAAGCUGCGGUUCUCCAAGUCGCUUAAGAAGGUCGCGGGGGAGGCGGCGGGGGACGCGGAAGACACUCCAGUGGCGGACUCUCUCCUCCGCCGCCCGCCUGCUCUCGAACUCGGCAAGCUGUCCGCGGGGGCGGCAGCAAACGCGUCGUUUUCCGGGCCAGUGGUGGUGGGGUCGGGGGAUGGGGGGCGGGAGGGGGCGCAAGCAGCGGGGGAAGCAGCGGGGGGGGAAAGGGGAAGGGCAGCGGGCGGAGGUCCGGUUCUGGAUCAGAGCAAGUCGGGGCGGAGGGCGUUCCUGGGGUUGCUCAAGGGGCUGCGCUCGCCGCGGCUGUCAGGCACGUUCGACCUCGCCACUGGCGCGGGGCUUAAGAGCCCUACAGGCGGAGACGACUGGGCCGCGGGCGCCGCUGCAGUGGGGGUUUCGCCGAGAGGAGCGGGGGGAGGAGGAGGAGGGGGUGGGGGUGCGGGGGGCAGGAGCGGGAGCCCCGCGGAGGCAGCAACAGGCGAGCGGAAGAGCGCGUCCCGCCCGUCCCUCUCCCCCCUGCGCAGCCCGCGGCUGUUCUCCUUCAGCGGAUCCAAACGCUUCGAUAAGAGCCCGCGCGGUAUAGCACACAGCCUCACAGGCACAGGCUCAAUGCGCAGCCCCCGAGGGGGAGGGGACGGCGGGGGCAGCCCGGAGGAAUGGACAGUAGGCACUGGCGGGAAAGAGGGCAUCUUAAAACGGGGAUACGCGGACGUGCGGAAGGUGUACGAGGUGGGGGAUAAGAUCGGCGAGGGACGGCCGGGCGUGGUGGUGUAUGCAUGCACGGCAAGGAGGAGUGGGCGCGCGCUCGCGUGCAAGUCGAUAGACAAGAAGACGCUGGAUGAUGAUAAGAAGGCGGAGGCUCUGCGGCUGGAGGUGGAGCUGAUGAAGCAGCUGGGCGUGCAUGGCGGCAUCGUGUCGGUUCGAGAUGCCAUUGAGGAUGAUACGCACGUGCACCUCCUAAUGGAGCUGUGCAGCGGGGGUGACCUCCUCAACUUCGUGAACACGGCGCCAGCCAUCUCGGAGCAGCAGGCGGCCACCAUAGUAAGGCGCCUGGCGGACGCCGUGCGCUACUGCCACCGCCAGGGCGUGGUGCACCGCGACCUCAAGCCCGAGAACAUCCUCAUGGCCGCAAAAGGCGCCUGGUGGGACCUGAGGGUCGCUGACUUUGGCAUCUCCGCCAUGCUCAAGCCAGGUACAGUGUGGUACAGUGGGCCUGAGAACAUCCUCAUGGCCGCCAAGGACGCCUGGUGGGACCUGCGGGUUGCUGACUUUGGCAUCUCCGCCAUGCUCAAGCCAGGUGGGCGGGGAUGUGAUGGGUGUGUCCAGCUAUUCUCCAGUCCCCCUCCCCUCCUCCCCCCAUCAGGCGAGCGCAUUCGAGGCUAUGCGGGCAGCCCAUUCUACAUCGCCCCGGAGGUGCUGGGCGGAGCGUACGCAUUCGAGUGCGACGUGUGGUCGCUGGGCGUGGUGCUGUACGUGCUGCUCGCACAGAAGCUGCCCUUCUGGCACGACUCGGACGCGGGUGUCUACAAGCUGAUCCUCAAGGGCCACGUGGACACGCGCACCGGGCCCUGGACCAGCAUCUCCAGGGAUGCUAAGGGGCUCGUGCACCGCAUGCUGACUGGCAAGUCGUGUGAGGGGCGGCAGCGCCACCUUCAUCCUUCUGCCUUCCGUGCUUCCCUUCUAAUUGACAUCCCUUCCCUCCACUCAUCCCCCUCCCUCAUCCCAUUCGUCUCGCUCACUUCUUCCCUCGUCUCGUCUCUCCCUCUGCCCUUCUCCCUCGGUCUCUCCCUCUGCCGUUCUCCCUCCUCUCCCUUGGCACUUCUCUCUCCGCCUCUCCGUCCCUGCAGAGCACCCAUGGGUGGUUGCGAAUCAAUGCGAGGUGCCAGAAGCACCGCCGCCACCAUCAGAGGCAGAGACAAAGCAGGCCAAGAGGCGAAGAGCCAUCGCCCGGUCACGAGCCAACAUCAUCGCCUCCUUCCGCCUUCCCUUCUGCCUCACCCCACUCACCAAUGA